AAAGGGCAUAUAUAAAUGAGACCACCGCCAACAGUGAGGCUGUCGGCGGGGGAGGUAGUCGAGUUUGGCCUUAUCCACUUCUCUCCACCGCUGCCUUCCCCUCCAACAGGGCCAACGACAUGCGUUUCCCACACCUGCCGCUGGUGGCCUUACUCAGGCUCAAAAGAAUUCGAGGCCAAUGCCGCCAUGAUCAUCAUCGUCCUCCUCUCUGCUCUCAUUUCCGCGUUGGGUCUCAACGCCGCCAUCCGCUGCUUCCUCCGCGGCGGUAGAGGCAACCCUUCUGAUCGUGAGAAUAACAGUGUUCCUCAGAGUCGGCAGGAGUUGGUUGAUGUUCAGCACAAGAGCAAUGUGGCAACGGCCUCGUGCUUAGAGGCGGCACCUACGGUGAUUUACACGGCGGAGAUGAAAGCGAAGCUGGCAGGGGUGGAGGCGGAGUGCGCCAUUUGCUUGUCGGAGUUCGUGGAGGGGGAAGGGAUUAGAGUUUUGCGGAGGUGUAAACAUGGGUUUCAUGCUCAGUGUAUUCAAAAAUGGUUGUCUUCUCACUCCUCUUGUCCCACAUGCCGCCGCACGUGCCUUCCUCAGUCUCCAUCCCAAUCCCCAGCACCACCACAACCCUCGGCGGACCAUAAUCCCGUGACGGAGAGUAGUCCGUAGCGGCCCUGCUGUUACCGAGUUCGCCCUUGUACACAUGUAUGUAAAAUGCAACUAGUUUGAAGUUCUUUUCCGCUUCUUUAAAUGGUGCCGUAAACUUAAUUAGUUAAUUUAAUGUGGUGUUGGGCAAAA